AUUAAAUUAAAAAAACAAAACACUUGAAAUCAUGUCUUUUUAAAAGCGCCUUUUAACAUCCAUUUCUUUUAAUAUUUCUUGAGGACGUUUUAAUUUACAUUUUAAUCCUAAACACUUUUAACUAUGUUAACUCAUUUUUAUUGUGAUGCGCCUUCGGCAAUUUGUAGACUGGGGCUGUAGAAGUGUAAUUGUUGUUAUCACGUUUUCGGGUAUUUAUUCGGGGCCUAUGCCGAGCCCAAGAAACAAGCCUCGACGCUAAUAGCAGUGCAGGAAGCCUGCACGAGAAGUUCGUAUUUUUUUCAUAAUUUGAAGUGGAAAGUACAACUCAGUGUUGCAUUGGCUAAACAACCAUGGCUGCUGGUGGCACUCUCCUGGUCAUUCUUGUUCUGACGUCAGUGAAUGUAAUGCUUGCUAAGAGGCCGAACUCCCCAAAUCAUCUAUUAAUCUGCGAGAACGCUACGGGAAAUUUCUCUAAAUGUGAGAACUAUCCAGGUAUAAUCAACAUCAUGAAUGUGGAAUUUAAAGAGGAAAAUGAAGAUUACUGCGACAAUCAACCCAGCCGAAACAGAAGUAAGUGCUUCGCCUCAGAACGUGACGAACAAAAACUGACAUCCAUUCUCGGAAAAAUAUGCGAUGGCAAGCGGAAGUGCAAAGUCCACUUGUCACAUGGAGUUUACGAAGGCAUGGAUCUUCCCUGCCGAGACCUGAACAUUAGGAUACGCAUUGGGAUAUUCUAUGACUGCAUAUACUCCCCCAAACCUUCCGGGUCGCCUUACAAGCCAACUCACUCAACAGCAGAACCAUCUACCACGGAAAUCUCAACUACUUCCUUGUCAACGCUCCCCAGUUCUACCUUAACCAGUGCCACGGUAGAAGUGUCCACGGAUGCGAGUAGGGGGACCUACGCUGGCGAAACCACGACAAUACAAGUAUCAAACACAACAAAUGUAUGGAAACGACGGCGUCCCAGAAGCUGUAACUUAUCCGAAGAGAUUGAUGGUACCUCGGUAACUCAGCUCAGUUCCGAGGGCAAUCUUCAGUUUCCCAUGCCUUGCGGCACAGGCUCUUUACUUGUUUAUAUUUAUUCCUUGAUGCUCACGCUUGUUUCAUGACCUGGCGUGGCACCACUAUAUGAUUUUCGCGCACAGUAAGGAUGAGCAGAAAUAGUGUCUACAUUUGUUCAUAAGUAUCCUCAAGGAAUUACAAUUUGUUUGAAUCUAAAAAAAAUAUUGCUCUGACUGACUAAAAUCCUUCUGGCGGGAAAAUUACAAAAUAUAUUUUAAAGAAUGAAUAAAAACUAGAUAAAUAGAAAGCUGAAAAAUAUUUUGACGCUUAUCUAAAAAGCUAAAAUUAAUCUCACGGGAACUUUGUUAAAGCCUAAAUUUUCGGCCAAGUGUUGCCUUGAGGUAGAAACUGUAGAUUAUGCAAAUGACUCUGCUUUAAAUUCUGGCGAUGGGAACAGAAAGUUGAUAAAAAAUUAGUCUUUAACAAUUAUUUUUCUUAAUUUUAUUGUUUGAGAUCAGUUUUAAAAUAGUUUACAAUUCGAAACAAAUAGAAGUUAUUUUGCGAGGAUGCCUUGAAUAUAACGUUUUCGCAAGUAUAGCGACGUACUCUAAAUUUUAUAAUUCUAAACGAAGCCGCGAUGUAGCACUGUUAUGGAAAAUACUUAGUUUUCAUUGCAGCGAGAAAUAGGUAGUGAGGUAAAGCACAAAUCCCUGGAAGUAGUCGUUUUUCUUAUCAGCGCAGUAACGGAUUACUGCUUUCACCUAUGUUAAAGUAAAGAUGUUUAAAAUUCACCAAAGUGUAAUUCAAAACCUGGAUUGCCUUUUCAGCGUUCAUCUCAAGGACCUCUCCUUUUUUCUUUUAUGUCUCUGUGUUCAGCUACGCCUAUGGCUAUGAUUAUUGUUUGGAUAAGUUCGUUUUUUAAUAGUAGAUCAAGAACUGUACUCUGAUAGAGAGUGGUGUCCUUCGUUAUCCUAGCUCGCUUACCAUAGUCACUGAUCAGGCAAGUAAUAAAAUGCUUGUGUUGUGACAUGUGGCUUACUAAAAAAUAUGCUGUUAUGCAACCCAAAAUAAUGUACCAAUGCUCUCUCUACUUUUUCCACGAUGUUGCAGCACAGAUUUCUCGCUCUUUUUCCCAAAGAUACUACAUGUAAGGUUUUUCGAAAGGUGGAGGCCCGGCGAAAAACUUGAGUUCAAAAUUUUGUGGCUAACAGGAAUAAUCUUCAGCAUCACCCGAAGAAUUAUUAGCGUUUUCCAUAUUUUAGGAAAAGAAAAAUAGGAAUUAUGUUUUAAAAGUGUCAACAUCCAUGAAAAAAAUUGCUGUUUGACUUAGAAAAAAUACCAAUAGACAAACUGUCGUCAGCGUGCAAUAACUGUUACCAGCUUGAAGCCGGGUUUUCACUAAGACAUAAGCAUAAGCAUGAGCAUCACGGCAGUGAGGACGGCCACAGCACAACACAAGCACACGGUAGUGAGUACAUGGAUAACACAAGCACAAGCAGAACAAAAAGUUUUGUUAUUCUUGUGCUUGUACUUGUGUUUGUGUCAAGUGAGAACGCUCUUCUAUAAGAUAACUAUAAGCGGAAGCGGUAGUCCGCCAUCUUGUUUUACUGUAUCGAGGAGGCAUGGAGCCGAAGAUGAGGCAAUUAUCCCGCGCAUGCUGACGUGCGUAUGCUUGUGUUGUGGGCGUCUUCACUACCGUCAUGCUUCCGUUUGCACUUGUGUUCGUGUAUUAAAUGAAACCAGGCUUAACAUUUAAUUGGUAUUGGAUACUUUUUAAGAGUACACAUGUUGACAUGUGUGCAAAUGCAAACAUUAUAAACAUUAUGAUAAAAAAAUACAUAAUUAUACCAACAAACUCGAUCUCACAGUCACAAGGUUUUCUUACGUUUCUGUCAAAUUCAACAGUCCGUUCGUUGCCAAUAUGUGUUUAACAAACCAAGUGUAAAAAAAUAGACAAUUACUGGAAAGGUGAAAUCCUUUACUAAUUUACACAGGGUUAUAAUAAACACACACCUUCAUAGUUAACAGUAAGAGUUUAAAAACGUAUUACAGCUAACGAUAACCCUUAAAAAGUUCAAGUUGUUGAACUUGUUGGGCAAGGAACAUUUUGAGUGACUAUUCAACAGCAAUCAUGGCAUUUAUUAGCCUUGACUUACCCGAAUGUCCGAUGUUGAUUGUUAUAAGUUAUGGACGACUAUGUUAUGAAGUCUUGAAUACGCGCUUAUGGAGAAAGAAAGAUAGCGUGCAAGUUCUUGCAUAUUUCUGGGAGAGGUUUUCAUAAUGGUAUUAUAAGUUACAUAGGGUUCCUUAUUAACCGCACAAGGACGCUCUUUAAAUGGCACUUACUGUGAUAAGGUUACCGGGAUGCUGUGUGACAUUAAAACAACGCUUCAAGUCAACUUAGAAUCAACAAAACAACAGCAUCUGGUGUCUUUCUCACGAAGGUUGUUUAUGUUUUGUACGCUUGACCAAAAUCAGUUUGUAUUAAGAAGAAAAAUUAAAAUAUAAAUACAAAAAAAAGUAACA